AUGCCUCGUGGCCGUGAUGAUGGUUUGGGUUGGAACCCUGAUGCUGUGGAGCCAAUGGAGCUCACAGAACCUACAGAGCCCAUGGAACUCACAGAACCCAUGGAGCCAAUGGAACUCACAGAACCCAUGGAGCCGAUGGAACCCGCAGAGCCCAUGGAAGAAGGGGAACAAGAAGAAGAAAUGGAGCCACGAAGAAAGGAGAUCAAGAUUCACCGUGUUGGCAUGGGAAAAGGCUACGGAUCUUCAGCAAGCAGUUCAGCUGAAGGAAGUGGAAGUGCACCAAGGUAUAUGCCUCCAAAGCCGAAGAAGAAGCCCGAACGACCAGUGGUGGAAGGAAGAGAUUACAUUCCCUUGGAAGGGGGAGAACCAGACGGGCCAGUGGAGAUCGGGAGUCCUAGUUCCUCUAGCCCCGAAACUACAAUGGUGUACCAAGAGGCACCACCUACACCAAGAAGGGAGCCGAGAACACUUUCGUCUGGGCACAUCGCCUUGGAGCUGCAAGAGCAGCAAGUGUCUGCUGAGCAACGCAGGAACCAGUUCGGUUUCCAAAGUCAGGAGGGCCACCGCCACCAGCGGGCCCAGAACCAGAGCAAGCUCCAGAGUGUCCACCGCCAGGAGAAGAACGAGCUCCAGAGUGUCCACCUCCGGACCCAAUGCCGAGUGGUACGAAGCUUCCUCUUCACACGCUGGACGGGGAACCCAGCAACGCAGCAGUGGCGGAACACAUCCGCCGGAAUGAGGAAGAGUAUGCUGCAAGACGUGCCGGUGCAAUUCCUUCAGGAGACGAAGCAAGAGCCAGGGAAUCCAAGGAAUUUGCUCGUGGAGUUGCAUACUUUCGAGCCAGGUACGGCCAGCGAAGCCAAAGCAGUGGAACAGCGAGUUCCAGCCGAGACACGGGGCCUGGGACCCUACAACCCAGGCGCCACCUCCAGAGCCAAAGGGACCACCACCGAAGCGAGUGGGAGCAACGCAAGCCACUACGCUCUACCCGAAUUCUCCUUGGAGGAGAACAGAAAGGAGAAGAAUGCGAGAAAGGGGCGAGGAGAAAGCAGAGAUCGACUACCAGACUACCAGAAGGAGAAAGCAGAGAUCGACUACCAGGAGGAGAAAACAGAGAUCGACUACCAGGAGGAAUCAAAAUUCUAUGGCCUAUGUACAAACAAGAGCCUCUACUCCGACAAGACUAUGAAUGGAACAAGAGAUCCAUUGGUGAUGUGGAUUUGGACCAGCAUUCCAGGAGCAAAGAACCUCUACGACCCCAAGACUAUGCAAUUCGAUUACAAUGGAGCAAUGGCAAUGAUGCUUAUGCUUGGAGCGCUUGAGCAGAGGGGCACGGAGAGAUCACUUGCGUUCGUGUGCUUGUGUGAGAAAACAACAGAGAGGUUGGAGCAACAAGCAAGCAGUUCGGAUGAUCUGAACCGAAGGAUUGAAAGUGCGACAAAGGCGAUCAAGGCACCAGAUGUUUGGAACCCACAAGCCUCGGGAGAGCAUCCACCGGAUUUUACAACCUGGAAACAUCAGUUUCUGAAUUGGCUAGGUUUUGCCGAUUCGCAGUACUCAGAAGCUCUAAGUAUGAUUGAAAGUCUGGGAGCAACGCCGAUCGAUGUUUCGACUCUCACUACAGUGGAGAGAGAACUUUCGACAAAGCUUUACCACAUACUGACUUCGUAUAUGCGGGGAGCAGCAACGCAACUGUCUCGAAAUUGGAGCAGGGAGCGAUGUGGGUAUCGUCUCUAUCAAAGUUUGCUUUGGGAAUACCAACCAGCCACCAAACAACGAGCUCUAACCCUCAGUCAAGCGAUUGGGAUGUUUCCCAACUUCGAUGGGGGCAAGAGCAUGGUGGAGCAGAUUGGUUCACUGGAAAACCUUGUUCGGGAGUACGAGAUCGCUUCAGGAAAGACCUACGAUCGAGAUUUGUUGAUGGGAGUUUUGCUUCGAUGUUCACCGAGGGCGAUUCGAGACCACCUUACUUUGACAAUGCCCGAAGGAACAAACUACAUGUCAGUGAAGCAAGCGAUUCUUUCAUACGAGCAAAGCAGCAAAACUUGGGAUUACCAGACGGUGUUGAAGCAAAAGACCUUGCAGAACACAGCGAGCAGUUCGAAUGCAGAUCAAGGACCAGCACCAAUGGAAGUGGAUGCAGUGUACGAGAAAGGAGGAGGAAAAGGAAACAAAGGCAACAAAGGAAACAAAGGAGGAAAAGGAUCCUACUCGUGGUCAAGCUUUGGAGCAGGAUUUCGCCAAUGGAGAAAAGGUGGACGAAAAGGAAGCUACAAAGGAGGAAAGAAAGGACGAGGCAAAGGUUUCCACAAAGGAGGAAAGAAAGGCGGAAAGAAAGGUGGAAAGCAUGGCAAAGGAGGAAAGAAAGGUGGAGGAAAGAAGUUGGACAGAGAUGUUUGCCGAUUCUGCAAGCAGCGAGGACAUUGGGGAAACGAGUGUCCAAACCGCAAUGUUCGAGAAGUGCAGGCGAGCGAGGCCAGCACCGAGGUACCCCACUCGACAGUCGAGUCUGUUACUCCGUCGCAGAGUGCGAGCCAAUACAGGAUAAGGAGAGUGAGGAACAUUGAUUUCCAUCACAUUGCGAACACACCACCUGACGGCACAGAGCACUAUGAGCUUAGCGAAGUUUCAGAAGAAGAAGGUGAUUGGUUCACCAGAAGGAUAGAGGUGCAAGGACCAGAGUGCUACUACAUCGGGGAUGAGAGUGAGAACAAACAAGAUCAUGAGAGUGAUGAGCUGUAUCAAUGGUAUGAAAACAGCUUGGAAAGAGUUCAAGGAGGAUUGGGACCUCCAGGAGGAUUGGAACCUCUGAAUCAAGGAGGAUUGGAACCUCUGAGUCAGGGAGGAUCGGAACCUCUCAAUGUGCGAAUGGUCCAGUUGGACACAAAGCAACAUGUGGUGAUCUUGGAUUCAGGAGCAGAUGUGAGUUUGUUACCACGAAGAUUGUCGGAUGCAGGCGUCGAAGUUUCGACCCCAACCUCUCUGAGGUUGCAAGACGCACAAGGGGGUGCGAUGCGAGUUGAAGGUAUGCGGCGAGCAGUUUUGCAGUUCAGUAGCUGCAGUGUGACUGAGGACUUUGUGUUGUCGGACACCAAUAACAUCUUGCUGUCUUUAGGAAGGCUACUCAAAAAUGGAUGGAAGUUUGUGUCAGUGGGAUGCAAACAGCGCCAAGGGGGCGAGACCUGGGAAGAAACCCAGGCGGGGGAACUUGUAUCUCCCGAUGGUAAGGCACGGGUGCCUGUGGAAUACCAGAGGAAUAGCUUGAGAUUGACAGCGGAAGUUAGAGGAGUCGAGCAAGUCAGGGCAGUCAAGGUGACUUUGGCCUAUGACUUUGGUAAAGUCCCAGAGAAGGAUUGGAGCCUUCUACCGAAUGGAACGCCAGUCCAUCGCCAUUUUGGACUUGAGUUUGUAAAGCCACCGACAGGUACUUGGAAGUACAGGACCACCAUCGUGAAGGUGGGCAACGAAUGGGAAGUGAUUGAAGCAACGGAAUUGCUCGAGCGAAAAUCCGACUUGGAAGAUCGAAUACCGGGAUUGCUUUUUCGAUCAGAAAUUCUCACAUUCUUGCACAGGACACCAGAGUAUCUGGACAAGUGCUUGGUAGAAGAGGUAGCACCAGAAGAAGCACCAAAGGAGGAAGAAAAGAAGAUGGAAGAGGAGCCAGAAUGGUUUGGAAGAGAAAGAGGAGCUCCAGAAGAGUUGCAGGUGCCAGUGCCGAAAGGAGUGUGA